UCCAAGCGGCUGAUGGCCGCAACUCGUCCUUAGCGUCAGACGACUGUUUUGAAAAUAGCUCACCCCCGCCUGAGCUAGCCCACCUCUUCGUUUGAACUGUCAAACUUAUAAUUGUCACGUUUAAUCUAAUCUGCUGCUUCAUUAAUUAGGGUAUUGUCCCAAAUGAUUCGUACGGGUCGUAAGUUUAAACCUCGGAAUGAGGAGGAAAUGCUACAGCAAAUAGAGGAAAAAGCAGCUAGUAAGUUAAGAGAGGCCGAGCAUCGAAAUGCGUUAAAACGAGCCAAACGAAUUGCCAAGUUAAACAUGGGCCCUCUCCUAGGGGCUGCAAAGAAACCAAGUGAGAAGAAGGCCAAAAUCCAGAAAAAGCAGCUGAAGCCACAAGACCAAAAAACUUCUCAUCUAAAACACAAAUCCAACGUAAACAGCAGCAUACUUGAAGUUCAAGAGGAUCUACACGAAAAAUUCCUGGAAGAUAUUGAACAAGCACCGGUGGAGCAUUCAAGUGCUAGCAUGAAUAUACAGCAACUACGAGAAAAACUGAAAGAAGAAUUGAUUGCUUCAGAAUUGGAAGCAAUGGCUGAUCCUUCAAUCUUAUUAAAAAAGAAAGAAAAGAAGAAAAGGAAGUCAGAGGAGAAAGAUCUUGAUUUUUUGUGGACUGACAAAGAGGCCCUUGCCUUCAAAGUUUUUGAACUUCACCAUGGCUGUAAGACAUUCAGUUGUAAGAACUGUGGCAAUGAGGGAAGUGAAAUAGUGAAUUGCAUUGAUUGCAAUCAAGUAUUUUGUGGAAAGUGUGAUGAAGAUAUCCACUUGCAAAAUCCAUUUCAUCAUAGAUCAUUACAUUCCAAAACACGGCCAGGGAAGCAAUUGCUUCCUACUGAAUUUCUUGAUCAUAAAGGACAAAUUGUUGUUAAACGCGUUGUGCUCCCAUUGUGUUCACCGAAAUGCGACUACUGUGAAAAAUUUAUGUCACAAAAUGGUACUAUCGAGAUGCAUGCAGUCAUCACACCAAAGGGGAGGUUCAAUUUGCAUAGGACUAGUUUCCAUUGCGAAAGCUGUUCGAUUAACCGCGAAGCAGAGUUGAGCGACUUUAUUGUUUCAGGGUAUUUCCCUGGUUCACCAAUUUCCACUAAAUAUCUUUUUUCAUUUGAGUUACUGCGUAUGUGGCGCCAUUUCAAAUACUUAACGCCUGGAACAUCUGAAUUUAAGUUCCUGGAAAUAAUUUUAGCAAUAUCUGCCGAUUUAGGAAGACGGGGAACGAUAAACAAAAGACUGUUCAAUAAAGCCAGUAAACUCUACGAAUAUUUCAGUCACCUGUUGGAUGAGAAUGUUAGAGGGAAAAGAAAAAGUAUUUGCAGAGCUUGUACUGAUAAAUUUGGAAUGCCCUGCCCGCUUGGUUUGCAUUGUGACGGAUGUCACAAAUGCAUUAGAAGAUUCAUGGAAAAAAAGGAGAAAGGCAAAGCGUGGUUUGGAGAUAAGCUCAUAGUUUCUAACGAAUAUGCAACGAAAGUUAGGGAUGAAAUUAAUCGUGUAAAACCUCCCGGAAAAAACACGAUAAGUAGCAAAUGUGGAAAUUCUCAAUUUCUUGCUGCCAGAGAAGUUUCUACCAAAUACAGAAAAUUGGAGGGGACAGGUAUUGUGAUGGCCGCUUGCGGUCACGAUAUUGUUCAUGCUGCUGUUGAAAUGCGAGAAGGGGAAACAUUUCGUGACACUUUCACAGCACAUAUUAAAUGCAGAGAUUUGAAUGCCCAGUUCAUGGUUAACGACGUCGUUUGCCAAUAUUGGGAUUUUGCGAAAUCAAUUGGAUUACUUUUGCCGCAAUAUAAGUAUCUGACUGAAAAUAUGAGGCCGUUUCUGUCACGUGUGCAUGGUCAAGCACACGGGUGGUAUUGUCAAGUUCUUAAUUUUGGUCAUUGGAAGGAAGGUGCUUGUAUGUUGUUGGGUGAAGAGACAGAACGUGUAUUUUCGAUAUUUGGUCCAUACCAAAACUCUACUAAAUAUAUGAGCGAAGGAAACUGGAUCGACUUUUUCACGUGCGCAGGAUUUUACAUUAAUGAACGAAAAGAGUGGAAUAUUCCGAGAAUCAUAACUAUCAGGAUGUUCAAGGCCGUCGCUGGACUUGAAUUUUACACAGAUCGUUUGAAAUUUCUCUUAGAUGCAAACCAUUUGACAGAGGAGGAUUUGCCAUCCAUCCAAGAUGAACUGGUAGCAGAAGCUCUGGAAUAUAAGAGUCUAUCUAAAGGGAAAGCUGGAACAGAUAUUUCCACAUUACAAGAUGAAUUGGAAUGGUUGCACUUUGAGUGGCUUAAUGUGAAAGACAGAGUUUCUGCUGUAGCGGAGGGCUGCAAAUGGAGAACGAAAUUGAGGAGGAAACAAGGGACCUUGUACGCUUCGGCUGAGAAAAAGAUAUCAGAAAUGAACGAACUGAUCAAAAAAACUGUUCGAAAGUCAGCUGCCGAAUCUUGCAAUCAGGAAAAGGACCAGGAAAAGUCUGUAGAGCAGACCAUUUUUCUCGUAACUCUAAACCACUUUGAAGAGGGAAUUUUCCCUUGGGAACCAGCUAACCGAAGAUCGUAUAAAGAAAAAUUUAAGUUGGUGGACAACUGGCACAUGCGAAAUAGAAACAAGGAGCAGAUAGAACUGUCCUUUCGGGAAAUGUCGCAGUUUAUCAGCUCUGUUUGUUCAAGCAUCAACUCAUUGUCCGGAGAAAUUAAUCAACUGAAAUCCCGUCUUACCAGUGAUGAGAUCGUUCGUGCUCACGUGGUUCUAAAAGCUCAAGAAAUUCGACGACUACAAGACCUUCGCGAAGUAGCUUUAAGCUACGCCGCAUUCUACAGGGAAGACGUCGUCACACAAGAUGUUUUCAACUUUCUAGACGAUGAAGAAGAUGAUGACGAAAUGCAAAAAGACGGAUGUGAAACAGAAGAUGAUGCGGAAGAAGGAUAGAAGAAAAUAUCUUAUUUUAUUGCGCACUAAUGUUCAUCAACUUUUCUUGUGUUUGUGUUCAUUCCUGUAUUUCUCUUAAUAAAAAGAGCUCAUAA